AUGGAACUCUUCAUGUGCACCCUAUGCGGCGUGGCCGUUUCAGACAGCUUCGGCGAGGCAUGGCUGAAGGAAUUCCGUGUCAUAUACGCGCGACCCCCCUCGUGGGACGAUGUCAAACUUUCUGGGGUUUGCUUAGCUGAAACGAGUGAUGAGAACCACGAUCGUGACACGGGGAUAAUCGUUGCGAGAUGUCUGAGAGAUCCACGCAAGCGAUAUGACGACGAAGACCUUGGUCCCAAUUCUAAAGUCAUGGUCAAGCUCGGUCCGGAUGCCCCGAGCCCUGACCAGCUCAUGCCCCGUUCCGUCGCCCGUUGUGGGUUUGCCUUCCAUGCUGCCUGUUGGGAUCUUUUGGCCAAGAUGGGCCACAUGGAUAUUUCGGUUCUCUUCAGCGUCUGCUUCUCCAUGCCUAUUGUUGAUACAGCCAUGAUCCAAUGGGGUCAUGACUACGGCGGCGCCGCUCGCCCUCAACCCUAUACCAACCGGUGGGCUGGCUUCCAGCCGGAGGACCUAUUUCCUCACCCCAAGUCAUCCCUCUUUCGAUCAGAUCCCAUGAACAUUCCCGACCUGCAUUAUUUAGCGCAGUGUGCGGUUCGCUUUGAACCGCCUGCCUACCCCUGGCCAUCCACGCAGGCAACCAACGAUGUGUUCUAUCGCUUGCCAGUAGAAAUUCUCCAGGCCAUUCUCACGACCCUCUCUUCGCCCGAUGUGGCACGCCUCCGGACAGCUUCUCGCGCAGUUGCCUGUCUAGAUCUACCAGAGCCAUUCUGGGCGUCCAGGUUCCAGGACGGGUACGAGUAUGCUCACAUUUUCGAGAGUUCGCCGCAACGCCCCAGAUCUUGGAAGGCCCUCUACAUGUUCACGCGCAUCUUGGAACGGCAGAGUCCUGCUCUCCAAAACCGGGCGAGGGUCUGGAAACUUGGCUCGCAAAUCAAGCAUCUCCACGACCAGGUGGAGGGGAUUCCAUGCCAAGGCUUGCCGCUGGCCAGCAAAUUUGAGCCAGAUUACAUCACUGACGACCGAGAAUGGUUCGUGGCAAGCGAUGGGCUCCUAGAGAAUACCUCGGACAGAUGGUAUCACUUCCAGGACGGCUGCGGAGGCUUGCGCAUCCGGGAAAUGAAAUUACCUACGCCCUCGGAGCUUUUUCGUCUAACCGUCUCAUUCACUGUUCUCAAUAAUCGUAAAUUUAUUUCGGGAUUGCAGUUUAUAAAUCGGGAAGGCGAAUCUCGCAUGUCAGGGUGGCAUUUAGCUCUUGGCAAGAGUGGAAUACAGGCUAUCGCCCUGGAGCUCGAUGAUCGAACAGGGAGCCUGGGACUUGUCACCGCUGGCGGCUCUCUACUCCAGCCGGGGCGUCUGGGCCCCGAUGCGAUUUCCCGGCCAUUGCUCGAGAAAGUACUCUUCCAGCCGGCCACGCUCGUCAGAGUCACUGCCUAUGUGUUUGACCUCGACGCCGUCGCGGGCAUUGAGUUCAGCCAUGCUGAUAGCACUCAUGAUUCGCUCCUUGGCCAGCGCAUGCCUUUCAGUACAAGACCGUAUUGGGUAAAUUCGUAUUCCCCACAUGGUGAAGACCAUGCCAGUUCGAUGGAAGUCGACGGCCCAAAUGGCGAGCGGAUUACGGAAAUCAGGAUCGAGGAAAGCCGGGAUGGCCCUUUAGAGAUGGAGGUGAGAGUUCAGUGCAUUUACUGCCUCGUGGUAGACUUCUAA